AUGAACUGGCUCUCAUUCGGCAACAAGAACAGCAAAGGAAGAAGCUCUCCGGAGCCGCCAGUACAGCCAAACAUUUACUCGCACCCGGAAGUACGGAGACCCGAGCUGAACACGAAUUACGAUAAAAUGGUCACUCUGCCGCCGGGAGUAGACGAGCAAGAGUGGCUCGCCACGCACACCUUAGCUAUUUUUCACAACGUUGAUCGCCACUUCUCGGUGAUCAGCGAGUUAUGCACCGCAGAAUCGUGUCCAACGAUGAAAGGGCCUCAGAACACGACGUUUCUUUGGGUGGACGAGAAGAAUAAGAAGAUCAAAUGCACUGCGCCACAGUACAUAGAUUAUGCGAUGGCCCACUGUCAACAAAUGGUGACCGACCAAAGCGUCUUUCCGACAAAAUACGAACAAAAGUUUUCUGACGAGUUUAGCCGCACGAUUUCGAAAAUGCUACGAUUGAUUUGGCACGUAAUCUCUCAUAUCUAUCACAGCCACUACCAGGCUUUCUGCGACUUGGGACUCGUUGGCCACUUGAGCAUGACAACGCUGCACUUCGUCCUUUUUGCUGAGAAAUUUCAUCUGCUGGACGAAAAAGAGUUUUUGCCUCUUGAAGAUCUGAUAGGCCCUUUGAAAAAGUACGCCAUUCCGUCUCCGAACAACGAGGAAAGUGACGAAGCCGUCUCCGACCAGUGA